GACUUUAAAACCCGGAAACAAAACGUCGGCUGACAGGACGUUUGAAGUGGGCUGCACGUCGAAGUAUAAUGAUGUCAUUACAAGUGUGUAGAUGUAAUGAUUGUUUUCGUCGCUUUUGUUGUUUUAAACCGUAGUGUGUGAAGAGUUAAAAUUAAGUUUGUAUAGCAGAGUUGUCGAUCCUGCGCUAACGUUCAUGGACAAAGACAAGGGUGGCGACAUUCAUGCUCAGUGUUCCUGGAUGGAGAUGCAUCAGUUCAUUGGUGACCUCCUCUCAUCUGGAAACCCCUCUAAAAAACAGCCAGAUAUGCUCAACGCAGCGUGGGGCGUGACUGCUGCUGGUUCAGCUGCUCUAGGGAUCAAAGCUUCUUCACUUGAACCUCUACAGCCGCCUCGACCUGCCCAGGAACGAGGAAGGGCAGCCCCAGGCAGAUCGAUCCAGCCUGGGGCAACACAGAGGAUGGGAGAAGUAAGAGACAGAGAAGGUUUAGGUGUUCAUGCUUGCACCUGUCCUGGCUGUCCGUUCUCCAGUGCCCACCCAUCUCUUGAAACUUUACUACCUAGACAAUCUUUGUCAUCACCAACACACCAGCCCAAAGACCUUAGCAUCAACAUUUGCUCACCAGACACCACUAUACCCAGUAACAGGAGCAGCGUCACCGCCUCAGAGCUGCAGUUCAGGCUGUCCAGCCAACGACAGACUGAAGAGGAGGCAGAUAGAGGAACACAAACCCAAGAACAAAACUCUGAUGCUCCCCCUUCCCGAGCAUGUUUGUCCCAUUUUUCUAUGUUUCCUUGCUUGUGUUGCCACCGUGGCCUACAAACCUGUUCCCAGUUCCUGAGCCACCAAGAGGGCACGGAUUCCCCUUUUUCUCACACACAUGCCCAUCAUCAUUUUCAUCACCACCACUGUCCUUUAACGUCCUGCCUACCCUGUCCUCAGCUUGCCCGCUCAGCACAACUUUCUGGCCCUCUUUCUUGUUUGUCCUGCCAGUGCUCCCUUCCUGCCUGUUCUCAGGUCUGCCACCGCCAGCAAAGACAAACAGAGCAACAAGAAGAAAGAGGCAGGACCCUUUUACCGCUGCAUCCCUGUAUGCACUGCUCAGCCUCGUUUUCCAGACCGUCGCAGCUACUGCAGCACCAGCGCUCUGAGCAUGCUCACAAACAACCUGGCUUCCUUUGUACAGAAUGCGGUCGAGCCUUCAACUCGCAUAGCAACCUCCGCAUACACCUCAAUGUGCACACUGGUGCCCGACCCUACUCCUGCUCUGAAUGUGGGAAGAGUUUCAGCCAGUCAGGAGCUCUGAAGAUCCACAAACGGAUCCAUACAGGUGAAAGACCAUAUUCAUGUGGCUUCUGCGGCAGGGGGUUUCCACAUCUUGCAGGAGUUAGGGCCCACCAGCGGACCCACACAGGAGAGAAGCCCUAUCGUUGUAGCCAGUGUGGAAAGUGCUUCACCCAGUCAGGAGCUCUUAAAAUCCACACUCGCAUCCACACAGGAGAAAGGCCCUUCACCUGCAGCGUCUGUGGGAAAGGCUUUUCCAACCGCUCUGGGAUCCGCUUCCAUUACCGCACAGUCCACGGACUGGCUCCUGAACCUACCGGAGAGACAGGAGCUGGGGGUUGUUCUCCUGGUCGCCCAAGAACUUUGCCCACAACCAGUGUUGAGCUAAAUACAAAUAACAGCCCAGAUAGUGACUUUCACACAGCUCCAAAUUCCCUUCUGUCCUCAGAGCUGAUUGCUGCCCAACAGAGCUCCACUAUCACCAGUGGAAAUGGGAGCAAAUCGCAGGCAGGGGGAGAUGGCGGCCAGAGCGAGGGGCUUCUGUAUGCAUGCGAGGACUGUGGUCUGCGUUUUAAAGAUGCUCCAUCUAGGAACAGACAUCAGACACUGGCCCAUUACUCUCAUGAGGGCAGAGUGGAGGAAGAGGGGCAGAGGAAAGACUGCAGCACAAAUGAGGGUGUUCACGAUCACAGCGAUUAAGGCUGAAUUAAUACUGAUGUUAAUUGACUGACUAUUGAAACCGCCUAAGUAAUUUUAUAAGUCAUUUAAGUAUUAGUGUAGAUUGUUAUCAUGACUUCUUUCAAAUGUUUAUGUAUUGCUUUACAACAUUUUUUUUUGCUACCAGUGUAAUUCAAUGGAUAACAAUGAACUUCUGGGCAAUUGUGUAAAGCUCACCAUAGGAAAUUAACAAGGUAUUUAUCCACAAUAAUAUGGACUUAACAUACAGGUAAUCCGGUUCAUGGUUUAAGUCUUACUUAAACUGACAUUGAACCAUCUGUUUCUGUCAAACACACCAACUCAACUAGUAUUUUAUUAAUAUGACUGUUAUUGUGCCUUAUUCGGUGGUAGAAAUGUUUUCUCAUUCUAUGAAAAUACAAAGCCUCUAAGAAUUUUAAUUUGAGGACCUUUGUGCAACAUUUCUUUAUACUGGUGUAAACUGUUACUUGAUCUUCAAUUUUUCAGUAUUAAAAAAGGAAAAAAAUCAGUUUACUUUUCAUGUUAAAUAAGUAGGAACUAAUUCUGUCAUAAAUAUAUAUUGUUUACUAAUUUCCUCCAUUUGGGAUCUAAAAUUCCCAUUCACAUACAUCAAAAAUAAAUUCAGUAAACAUGGCAUGGCAUUGGUGUGUAAGUAUUGAGGAUUUAAAAAAAUAAUUUUCAAUAAAGUCCAUAAAUAUUUCAUUUAUGGAAAGUUUGUGUAGCAGCAAAAAUAAUAAAAAAUCCUAUUAGUGUUUGUUAUAUAUAUUUUUCUUCUUCAGAGGUAAAAGUGGUCUAUCACACCACCACCUUGUAUGUUUGUGCCUUUCUGUUGCAUUUUUACAAUCAAAGCAGUUUUUAAAAUGUAAUUUUUAAUAUAUGUAACAAAAGAGUGAUGAUGAUUUACAUCCAGCAGACACAACAUUACAUCAGUUAGACACCUGAAGCUCACCAGAGCCACCUAGUGGUUAAACGUAAUCAUAACAUUCACAACCACUUUGUUACAGUGUACCAUUUACUGUGCUUCUUAAACAAAUGACAAAAAUCUACAUUGUAAAUAAUGUUUUGUGAGGACAAGUAACAUUUAGUCCACUGUUAUGUAUUAACAUGUUUACGUAUAAUCUGUUAAAUAGACUUGGAUACAUUUCUGUAGUCGUUUUUGGAAAGUGCAGCUCGUGAUUUAACAUUUGAUCAGUAAAAAAAUAUCCGACACCA